AGAAGUAAACGCGGUGUUAUCGUCUAGAGUUGAAUUAUUAGUUUAAUCCUUCCAACAUUCAAUAACAGUUCAACUCCUAAAGUCUACCAUUCGUUAAAUCUUACAUUUGUGAAUCUUACUUUUGUAAUUCUAAAGUGUAUUUACUAUUUGGAGAUCAAUAUGCAGUCAAAGCCACUAUUCGGCAGGGUAUAUUUAUUUUGUUUAGUAUUCGGAACGAAGCGAAUUUGAAAAGGAUAUCCGAGAUUAUAGUGUAGACAAAUAUCUUUUUGCGAAGAAGGUAAUUCAGACUUUAAAAUAUCGUUUCGCCACUGAAUGAUGACUGUAAUCUUAUCUGAGAAGGAGCACUGUAGAAAAGGAAAGAUGGAUAUAUAAAGAAUUAUUAAAGAUACUUGCUGGAUAUUUUCUGUCGAUGACUCAAUAUGGGUGCUCUUAAAUCAAAGUUUAGACGUUCAAAAUCUCCUUCCCGGAGACAAAAGGAUGAUAAACAGACGUCAAAGAAGACGAAAAGGGCCGUUAACCUCCCAGAAUCCCAGUCCGCGCGGAAGACGGUAGAUGCAAGACUUCCGUUUAGCAACUACCGCCAGAUCUUCAGCAUCCGGAACGCUUGGAAGGCCAUCCAGCGCUCCUUGGAUGAGUGUGCUUUGGAGACCAUGAUCAGACUGUUAAAGGCCCACCCUGAGUAUAAGCGGCGGUUCCCGGAAGUACCACAAGUGGAUGACGAGGACGAAUACCGGAAGUCUGAGGCAAUGCAGGAGCGAUCCAUGGACAUGUACAAUCUGUUAGACGGCCUGGUGACCAACCUUGAGGCGGUAGACAAGGCACUUUACGAGAUACAGUAUGACGCCCCCGCCACCAACUUCACACCCAGGAUGCUUGAGGAUUACCGGGAACCCUUUAUUACUACUAUUCGGAUUACCCUCGGCUCAGAUCGGUUUACGGAAACUACAGAGGAAAACUUUAAGCUGCUGUUCGGCUUUGUGCAACAGGAAAUGACGAAAUAUCUAGAAGAGGAUGAGCCAAUAGCGAUAGACGAGACAACUCCGGGGACAGAAGCUGCUCUUGACGAAGCGAUACCAGAUGACAAGGCUAUCGCGAUGGACGAUGCGACACCAAUAGACGAAGCGGCCCCAUUGGACGAAGACCCAAUAGAAGAAACAGCUCCAGUGGAGAAAGCGACCCCAGUUGACGAAACAGCCUUAGCGGACGAAGCUACCUCAGUGGACGAUGUGGCUCCAGUUGACGAUACUCAAGUGCAAGUUGAUAUAUGUGCAGAGAACGCCACCUAGCGUCAGUGACGUCAUGUAAAUCAAAUCGUUAUCAUGAUCUUCAAUUCAGUUACAUUUAGAAAAUUACAAAUGGCAACACAAUUAAUAUUGAGCCUGUAUGUGCAUGCUACGUGAGUUAUUCUACAUAGUUGUCUGAGCCCAGUUUGAGGACACUCGUCGACAAAGGAUCUUCUGUUGGCGAUCGCAUUUCGAUGUUCACACAAAAAGAAAUGCAUAUGGUAAUUUCUGAAAGUGAAACGCCAUUUUAAUAAAUAAAAUCAUCAUUUUAUAUCUUCGAUAAUGCCAUUGGACGUUGUACUUGCUAUUUUUUUGUAGAAUUUGUUAUAUGAAAAACAACAACAGAAAAUAAAUUUAUACGAAAAUGU